UCCCUCUAUAUAAUACUAGCACCCCUCAAAUCUCAAUACAUCAUUCUACCAACUACUACCCACUAACAUAACUCACAACUCACAAGUCACAACAUCAUAUCAAUUAUUCAAUUGUACAAGCCACACCCUUUUACUUUACUUUCUUCAUUCUAACUUCUCCAACAUCUAUCUUUUUCACUUGCCUCCCAAAAUAUGGCACUUUCUUCUUCCCUAGCUUUACCUUCAUCACUCCCAUUAUUAUCAUCCUCCAACACCUCUUUUCGACGACGCAUCUCAGCCACCGUCACUAUACCACAACAACAACCACCUACGGAGUCGUCGAAACCUUUAAACCUCCCCAUCAAGAAAAUCCCCGGCGAUUAUGGCCUCCCUAUCAUCGGACCAAUCAAUGAUCGCCAAGAUUACUUUUACAACCAAGGCAAAGAAGACUUCUUCAAAUCACGAGUACAAAAAUACAAGUCCACUGUUUUUAGAGUCAAUAUGCCACCUGGCCCUUUUAUAUCAUCCAACCCAAACGUCGUCGUUUUACUAGACGGUAAAAGUUUCCCCACGCUUUUCGACGUCUCUAAAGUCGAAAAAAAAGACUUAUUUACCGGCACUUUUUCACCCUCCCUCGAACUCACUGGCGGCUACCGAGUUCUCUCCUACCUCGACCCGUCCGAGCCAACUCACGAGUUGCUUAAAAAACUUAUGUUUAAACUCGUUAGCUCCACUCGCCACCGAGUCAUCCCCGAGUUCCGAUCCUCCUUCUCCGAGUUAUUCGACGAGUUAGAGAACGAGUUAGCCACAAAUGGUAAAGCCAAAUUCAACGACGCAAACGAUCAAGCGUCGUUCAACUUCUUAUCACGUGCUUGGUACGGUGUCAACCCAGCGGACUCUGAACUCGGGCUUAACGGCCCAAGUAUAAUCUCUAAAUGGGUUUUAUUCCAGCUCGGCCCAAUCCUAACUUUGGGCCUUCCAAAAUUCAUAGAAGAAUCCACAAUCCAUACUUUCCGUCUACCUUUCUCUCUCAUCAAAAAAGACUACCAAAAACUCUACAACUUCUUCUACCAAAACUCCACUACUCUUCUUCAAGAAGCUUCCGAAGUUGGGAUCUCACGUGACGAAGCGUGCCACAAUUUGAUUUUCACCACGUGCUUUAAUUCCUUCGGUGGGAUGAAGAUAUUUUUCCCAAACAUGGUGAAACAAAUCGGACGCGCAGGGGUGAAUCUACAUCGUCGGUUAGCAGAAGAGAUAAGAACAGCUGUAAGAUCAAACGGUGGAGAGAUAACGAUGUCAGCAAUGGAGGAAAUGACUUUGAUGAAAUCAGUGGUGUAUGAAUCUCUUAGAAUAGAACCACCUGUAUCUUCUCAAUACGGACGUGCGAAAAAGGAUAUGAUAAUUGAGUCUCACGACGCAGCGUUUGAAGUGAAGAAAGGUGAAAUGUUAUUCGGGUUUCAACCGUUUGCGACGAAAGAUCCGAGGAUAUUUGAACGGGCGGAUGAAUUUGUACCGGAUAGGUUUGUUGGGGAAGAAGGUGAGAAGUUGUUGAAAUAUGUAGUUUGGUCUAAUGGGCCGGAGAAUGAAAGCCCAACUGUGAAGAAUAAACAGUGUGCUGGAAAAGAUUUUGUGGUGUUGGUUUCGAGGUUGUUGCUUGUUGAGUUGUUUUUGAGAUAUGAUUCGUUUGAGAUUGAUGUCGGUACUUCGCCUUUAGGUGCUAAAGUUACUGUUACUUCUCUUAAGAGAGCAACUUUUUGAAUUUUUAAAAAUAAAAGUAUUGGAGUGUAUUAUUGUUGGUGUAUAAUAUCAACAUUAGGUUUUUUUUUAAUUUCUUGUAGUUUAACUUGAUUUUUUUUUGGCAAUGUAAGAAACGUGAGAAAUAGGGUGUAUAGAGUUGUAUUUUUUUUUCCUCCCACUCCAUCAUCAUCCCCUUUAGUGGGGGGAUUGUAAAAUCCAUUAUCUUUCUUUGGUAGUACUUAUUUUAGUGGUUCGUGGAAUGAUAUUGAUUCAUGUUCGGUUUGAGAAUGA